AUGCAGACACCGCGGGCUAGAGGCAGUGUCACCGACUCGUGUGGGCCAGAGUGGGCGAAAAGACAGCUUCUGCUCACGUGUGACAUGAGGCGAUGGUGUGAUUACAGACGGACAGACAGCCGGAGCGACAGACAGCCAGACGGUAGGCGCACACGACGUAGCCGACUGGCACAGGCCGACAACCAGACAGCAUGUGUGGCCACUUGUGCGUGUGUUUCACAACCGCAAUUUCGUCCGUCGCCCACUCCGCUGCCUCGGACUGUGGGUCUGCUCACGGCAGCUCUUUACGCCUGUCCACAUGCGCCACAUGCCGACACGUAA